AACUAACUCUCAACAAUGGCGAAAGGAAUAUGUUAAUGUUCGUGUAAAAAAUCAACGCAAAAAAAGCAUGAUGAAUUCAAACAAAGCUUGUGUCUUUAAUGUUUAUUAAGUGAGGUGAAAUCUGUAAUAAAAUAGCAGUGAAAAUAUGCGACAAGUGACAAGGCAUUUAGAUUUGCAAAUAUAAAAGAAAAUAAUCACAAAAACAAGAUCAACGGAAAAUUUAUUAAUAAUACUCCUCCGGUUCCGUCUCUCUUUUGUACUCUCUGUCGCUUGAACAAAAACAACAACACAGUGUGGCAAAAUGAGAAUUUGCGUUGUAUUUUGUUGUGCUAUUAUUUUGGUUUCAUGCGGCGCGAUUGCAUCAGCAACAGCCACAACAAAAACAACAAGAAAUAAUUUGAAUGCCGACUCAGCAGAAGUUGUAAGCAGUGCCGAAGAUGUUGUAAAUGUAAGUGGCAGCAGCAGCAGCAGCCAUAGGGGUGGCAGUGGCAAGGACUGCACCGAUUUGGCCCGCGAUGAGGAGGCUUUAAUGGUUUUCUCCACAUUGGGCGGUGGAUUGACAGCCAUCGAUCCGGUGACAAGUGAAAUACGCUGGACAAUAGCAGAUGAUGCUCCUAUUAAGGCCGAACCACAACCGCAGAAUGUGCAAGUACCAUAUUUUCUACCAGAUCCCCGAGAUGGUUCUAUCUAUCAACUGGGUCAAAUGGGCAGUCUCAAGAAGUUGCCCUAUACCAUUCCCCAAUUGGUGGCUAAUGCACCUUGUCGCUCAUCCGAUGGAAUCUUGUAUUCGGGUAAAAAGAGCGACACUUGGUAUAUGGUUGAUCCCAAGACAGGAAGACGUGAGAAGGUCAUGGGUUUUGGUGGCGAUAGCACAGAAUGGGGUGAACAACCAAUUGGUUGGGCCACCUCGAGGGCCAUUUAUUUGGGACGCACGCAGUACACGGUCAUGAUGUACGACAGUUUGGCUAAGGAUAAGAAUGCCAAGCCAUGGAAUAUAACAUUUUAUGAUUAUAAUGCUCUCACUGCUCCACCAGAAUUGGCCAAUGAAUAUGAAUAUAUACACUUGGCCACUACAACAAAUGGACAGAUUCUAACAUUGGAUCGCAAACAGGGUAAAUUUUUAUGGCAACGACAUUUGAGUAGUCCUGUUGUGGCUGCUUUUCUACUAGGACCCGAUGGCUUGUUAAGUGUUCCAUUCACCACGGUAUCAGAUGAGGCCUAUCAGGCCAUUUUGGAGGAGUCCAAGCGAGGCAAUGUGAAUACAGUGAAGCUUUUUCAAUCUCUGUAUGUGGGCGAGCAUCAAAUGGGUGGACUCUAUGCCCUACCCUCUUUGGUGGAUAAGAAUACCCCAAGAAUUUCCACUGCACCGCCAAUAAAACUCUUAGAUGGACCCGCUGUCAAUGCGGAUGUGGACCACGAUCAAGAGCAGGAUCCACGUACUGUCUAUAUCAGUGAUGUGUUACCCGAACAGCCCGGCAUAAUGCUGGGCCAUUACAAUAUGCCCAAUAUUGAGGCGCCCAAUAAGGGUAACUUGCAAUUGUCGCCAACACCCUCGUCUAAGGAUAUACAAAGCGGCCUCGCCACCAUUCACACUUACAACGAUGGGUACGGUUUGUUGGCCAACAAUGAGAAAAAUGCAGCAGCGGCCAAGGAUAUAGCUGUGCAGACUGAUUCCGAUGAUCUAGUAGAUAUAAACGGUGGCAGCAUUGACUCACAAAGGAACAGCAAUACCAUAAAUCGAACCAAAACCAUAAUAUUGCAGAAUAGCAAUAAGGUGCAGGCCUUUAUCAAUGAAUGGUUUAUGGAGCAUCCGAGUGGAAAAGUGCAUCAGAUAUUAAUAGUCAUUGUCUUGGGAAUGAUUGCUCUGUUCUGGUACACAUGCAGCACAAUGCGCGAAUUGCAGAAACAAAGUGAGAAUGGCUCCAAGACUUAUGCAGUGACCCAGACAUCAGGGAAUGGCAGUGGUAAUGGUAGUACCAAUGGCAGUAACUCAAGUACUCAAGAUUUGGUCGACUUGGGCAAUGGUCAUGUGCGAGUGGGCAAGAUUAGUUUUCAUACUAACGAGGUUCUUGGCAAAGGAUGCGAAGGUACUUUUGUAUUUAAAGGCACCUUUGAGGAGCGUUUUGUGGCCGUUAAACGUCUGCUGCCCGAAUGUUUCACCUUUGCUGAUAGAGAGGUAGCCUUGCUCCGUGAAUCGGAUGCCCAUGAGAAUGUUGUACGUUAUUUCUGCACCGAACAGGAUCGUCAGUUUCGUUAUAUAGCCGUUGAAUUGUGUGCUGCCACUCUACAAGACUAUACCGAGGGUGAACGUUCAGUGGAAUUACGCGAGCAUAUCGAUGUCUGGGAAAUUCUAGUUCAGGCUUCAUCCGGAUUGAGUCAUCUACAUUCCUUGGAUAUUGUACAUCGUGACAUUAAGCCGCAGAAUGUUUUAUUAUCUUUACCCGAUGCCAAGGGCAGAGUUCGUGUAAUGAUAUCCGAUUUUGGUCUAUGCAAGAAAUUAAAUUUCGGCCGUACAAGUUUUUCACGCCGUUCGGGAGUAACGGGCACUGAUGGUUGGAUUGCUCCCGAAAUGAUGAGAGCUCAACGAACCACUACCGCUGUGGAUAUCUUCUCUUUGGGCUGUGUGUACUACUAUGUUUUGAGUGGGGGCCAUCAUGCUUUUGGCGACAAUCUAAAACGACAAGCCAAUAUACUUUCCCAUGAAUACAAUCUAGCCAAAUUGCAUGCUGAUGGCAACGAUUUCGAAAAUAGUAAAAUUAUUCUCGCAGAGCAAUUAAUCGCUGAUAUGAUACAUAAGGAUCCACAGUGUCGCCCACCAGCUCGUUGUAUUGGCAAUCAUCCUUUGUUCUGGGAUGAACCGAAAAUGCUAUCGUUCCUUCAGGAUGUCAGUGAUCGUGUAGAGAAAUUACAAUUUCAUGCAGAACCUCUCAAAUCGUUGGAGAAAAACGGACGAUUGGUUGUAUUGGACGAUUGGAACUUGCAUGUGGAUCCCUUGAUUACAGAUGAUCUGAGAAAGUAUCGUGGCUAUAUGGGAGCCAGUGUUCGGGAUUUGUUGCGUGCUCUGCGCAAUAAGAAACAUCAUUAUCAUGAGCUAACAACCGAGGCUCAGGAGCUGUUGGGUUGCAUACCACAUGCCUUUACCAACUAUUGGGUAGAUCGUUUUCCGCAGUUAAUAUCGCAUGCCUAUCAUGCCUUCAGUAUUUGCUCCAGUGAGCCCAUUUUCAAACCCUACUAUAGUACGGGUUAUCAUUUCUCGCGUCCAUGGUAUUUUGAGGCUGAUGAUGCCUUAUUUCCCGUGUUGAUGCGUGAUCCCAAACCGCUGCCAAAAAUGGGCGGCAGUCCAAAAAAGACACUGUCACCUGCCCUUACAGCAUCACCUGCGCAACAGCUGCAACAACAGCAGCUGAAACAACGCAAAGGGGCAUACAAUUUCCAUGCAGGCAAUCCGCCAGGAGUUGGUCUAUUGCGAAAUUUGGACCCAGACACAGACCAAGCAGGCCGCCGGGAUGUCUUUGCCAAUUUCAAGUUUCGACGAAAUGGCAAGAAUAAUAACGGUGGCAUUCGAAACUAUGGCAAGGAUAACACACAACAGGACAAAGAGAAAUUUGUCAGUUGGACCUUGCCGCCACCAGCAACACAGGAUUAGAAUUUAGAAUUCAAUUAUUAAUGAAUACAUAAUUGUAUCUACACAUA